AUGAGCGGGAGCAUUCAUUUCGCGCCGGGUAGUUUAAUUGUAGCAGCCCGCAGAAAAACAAAUGAAGAUGCAUUUGCAAGGAGACCCCGUCAGCAGCGCUUCCUCUCAGCCAAGCAAGCUUUGAUGAAGAAGCAAUCGGAAACGUUACAGGUGGAAUCAUACAUUUCGCCCGCUGAAAAAGCCGAGGGUCCGGGCAUUCUGCAAUUCGAUAUCGCGGAGCUCAUGCUCGAUCGAAUCAUGCCAAGCAAAAUCAAUAUAUGUAUUUUGCGCCCGGGUAUUUCGGGUUUCGGGGCCCUGGAGAAGAAAAGGUCGGGUCGAGUGUUGCUGAGUGAGGUUGUAUCGCCUCGGUGCGAAAAGGUUCCUGGAGGAAGUCCUGGCUCAAAUUCAGCGCCGGUUUAUCGGACACCACAGGCCAGCGUGUCCUGGUUGCUGCAUGAUCCAUGGUUGUUUCUCAAUAACGGUCGCUUAGCAGUCAGCACUGGGUCAGCAAGGUUGAUCCUUUUCAUGUGGGACGAUCACUUGUCAGGGAUUGCACCAGUUCAGCCCAUCUGGGCGCUGAAAGCUUGUCUCGCACAAUGGGGACCUCAGCCAUCCGGUCUCUUAGAAAAAUAA